UUGUCGAUGGAUGUUUGCGAUUUUGUUGGCGGUGUGAAAGUGGAGGAUAAUACGGUGAUUGUGAAACUCUGGAGUUUGAAAUGCGUUGCGAAGGUUUUUCGUGUUGUUGAGUUUUGCUUUGUGGUUCUUCUGUUGUUGUGGAUUUCCACUCGUUUGCCUUUUGCGGUGAGGAUUUCCGGCGAGUAUUUCCGUCAAAUUGUCGGUUUACUACUUAGUCCUGUUUUCAUUUUCAUCCUAUGCAACUUCAUUGUCCUCAUUCUCCUCUUGAAGUCCGGCCUCCACUCCAGAGACUCUUCGAUUUUCCGGAAUGUUGCCGGAGCUGAAGUUCUCUAUGACUCGUUUCUCAAAAACACCGAGUUUUCGGCUGAUUUCUCGUCCGGAAACUCUUCUCUGGUUCCGGGAAUUGAAGCUCGAGAUAUUGUGUAUGAAGACAAACAGACUAUUUUUGAAGAGAGCACAGUGACAAAUCAGAAAUCACUCGGUUCCGAAGAACUGGAAACGGUUAUGAACAAGGCAUUGACGAAACCGAAAGCACCGAGGAGAACUCAAUCGGAGAAGCUGAAUAAGGAAACCGUGGAGGAAAUUUCCGUCAAAUUCCGGAGAUCGGAGACAGAGAAAUGCCGGAAAGUCACAAAUCCCGGCGAUUCUGUAUCGCCGGAGACAGCUCAUGAAGUAGACGAAUUAAGCAACGAAGAGUUUCAGAAAGCCAUAGAAAACUUCAUUGCAAAGCAAACCAAAUUUCAUCUACAAGAACAAUUGGCCAUUGUCCUCCAUAGCCAAGCUUAACAACUUCAAUAAUUUUGCAGAAAAUUAGUUUUAUUCAUAAACAACAGGAGCCGUUGAUUUGGUAUCGAAGAAGGGAGUACUGAUUGAUCUGAGCCGUUGAUAAUUGCAGGAAGAUGAAGAUUCCAGAAAGUUCCAUAUUAACAUGCAUGCAGUGGUUGAUCGCUGGUUUUUAGCUUCAGAGAUUAAUUAGAAAGGUACUAUUGAUUAGUUUUCUACGUUUGUAUUCUCGUAUUAA